ACCAGGAUCGUCAGCUAGGCAGCCAGCAUGCCGUUCUGGUCCGUUUUCACCAACAAUCCGGACUUUGUCCGGAGAUCCCUGCGCACGCCGGGCAUCCUGAUCUUCGGAUUGGUUCUGUCUCCCUGCGGGUGGAUCCUGAACUUGACCAGCACCGUGGCCCCAAACUGGAGGACCCUGCAUGGCUUCCAGAACAGACCAGAUUCAUAUACGAUUGAACAAGGGAUCUGGGACGUCUGCAUCGCCGCUGCCGCCGCGCAGAGCGAGCGGUGUGGUCUGACAGACACCAUCUACUUCAAAUCCAACCAGGUGGUCACAGUGGCGCAGGGGAUGAUGAUCGCAUCCCUGAUAGUGACUCUGAUCGGGCUCGGGUUUGCCAUCCCGGGGGUGCGCUGCUGGAAGGAGAAGCCUCUCUGGGUCAUCUGCGCCAUCGCUGGGCUCCUGAUCUUCUUGUCAGGUGCCUUGACCAUCAUUCCCAUCGCCUGGUACAACCACGUGGUCGGUAACAUCACAUCCACGUUCCAAGAAAACGGCCUGGACAUCCGCGUGGGCUACUGCAUCGUGCUGGGCUACAUUGGCGGGAUCUUUGAAGUCCUGGCCGGCAUCGUCAUGAUCUUUGGCCUCUGCCGUUGCUGCAAAGGUUGGAAUCGAGACGAGAGACCAAUUGAGGAAGCAGUUGCACGCGCGCAACGGGACCGCCACCAGCCGCGCCAGUACCCACCACCAAGACCGGAGAGGAGGCACGUGGAUGUCCCGAGCCUGAACCGAACCAGGAGCGGGGCCGGCAGCAGCGUGCCCUACUCCAAGGACUCCAUGGAUGAUGAUGAUGAUGUGUCGUUCCCCCGGGCCAAGAGCGUCGCAGCCCGGUCAGACAACAGCUCCUUCAACAGCAGACCCUAUGACGCAGACCUAUGAGAGCCAGACAGGCUGAUCCGAGCGUCAAAUUUACGCAGAGAACAAAAGCCAAAUAGAAGAACUGUAAAAGUUGUAUGAGAUGACAGGAAAGAACUUUGAAGUAUUUGAAAACCAACAAAAUGGGCAGAAUGUAAAACAAAAGUAAAACCUACAGAAUUAUAUUGUGGAUUAUUCCUCAGUUGCUGUUUUAUACUUGAAAGCCUCAACAAGUGCAGAGAAGUUUAUUAUAACGUUUUUAAACUACGAAGAAGAGUGUUUCAAUUUAACAUCAAAUAAAAACGCAAGAAGUUGUCUUUGAUAAUGCUGACCUUAAGGUGGACGUGCUUUUCACCUUGAAGGAAAAUUGAAAGUUUUCUUUACAAAUCUUUGGGGUUUUUUUCUUCCAUUUGUUUGUAAAUACUGUUCUAUGCACUUUUUGGUUUUGGAGGAUGACUGUCUGAUUACUGAGGUGAUGUAAAACUCUGUUUUUAUUACAUAUGAGCUCUAUUUCUUGACUUAACUUUGUGUUUAAUAAUAAAAAAAAGAAAAUCUUUAUUUGGUAGCCAAAAAAAGAAAACGUGAGCAAAAAUUAACAAAUAUGCAGAUGGCUAUGUAUGUCCUCCUUGCAGAAGAAACUUCUUCAAACAGAUGCAUUUUUUGAUCUUUCACCUGAUCCAGUGUCUUGACCUCUUAAGUAUACAGACAAUGUGGCCAGACCUGUCUGAGAGGUUGGGCUCUUUCGACAUCCUGUACAACAACAUUUUCAUUUCUGUUUAAACAAGAGAGAAGGCGAGGUUCAAGCGAAGUCUUUUAUGAAUAAAAUGGUUUGCUAGACAUCACA